AUGGCAGAGUCUUUCCCUCCUCCAAUUUACUCCCAGCAAGAUCCAGUUGAGGUUGACUCCUCAGCAGAACCGCAGAUCCUUUUCGUACCCACAGCGGAUGCAGUCAACUUUCAAAAUGGUUUCCUUGGCGCCGAUGGUGAGCGAGCAACAAUUGAGGGAGAACUCCAAGUCAAAGGCGUAGACUCUACUCGUUGGAAUCGUGUGACCAUCACCUUGCGUACAUUCGAAUCUGCUUAUCACCAUGAAAUUGAGCUUGCAUUAUUCGACCUCGAGCUAUACUCCGCACAGGACAACGUCGGCCCCUUUCCGUCGAUCUUCCCUUUCUCUCUCCCUCUGAUGCCGGAUACCCCCCAGUCUAUUCAGACACCCCAUUCGACGCUAGCGAGCACCCUGACCGCAAUUAUUCACCCCGUAGAUCCACUCUUACCCUCUCUCUCCAAGACCUUAACCAUUCACACACGACGUUACUCUUCACAUUUGCACUCCUUGCCCGCCUUACCUCAGGUUCAUGCAUUGGACGUACCAACACGUAUUGAGGUGCAAACCCCUCGAACUACUUUCACAUCCGGAGAAGCUCUUCCAUUGUACAUCACUAUCCCGCCUCCUACGAGGGAGACGGUGGUGGAACAAGGCUUAAGGCUGCGUAAUGUACGGGCGGAACUCGUGCGAGUUGUCAAGGUUAAGCGCGAGUGCCUUGAGGAGGAGGAGCAGGAGGAUUCUGAUUCCGAGUCUCUGUCAGAUGCUACUUUUACCUUUGAACAUGAAAUGGCGCAGGGCCUUUCAGAGUUGAAUGUUCUCGACACGCCCACCCCGGCGUCCUCCUCGAAGGCCCCUUUCUCGCCACUGUUUUUGGGUUCCUCUUACAGAGCAACCAUCGCCAGAUCUGGAGCAUCUUGUCGAUUUCAUUCUUCCCGCCCUAUUCAACUGCGAUUCGUUUUACACCAACCCUGGUCUCCCAGCCCAUCUUCUGAAUCUGACCAAUAUGGACGCACGAACAGCGAUGCGGAUAGCGCCAUGAUCUCUCAAGAAACGCUCCUUCACUCUGUAUCAUUUCAUCUCAGGAUCCACGUAUCAUUCGUCGAUACGACUAGCCACUCUGAACGGAUUUCUACCCUGAUCAUCCCCGUCACCAUCCUUCCACCGCCUGCUCCACUUCCCGAGGUUUCACAUGCAGUUGACGAGGCUUAUCAGAAAAAACACGAUCGGCCACCCGCCAAAACAAUUCGGCGUGAAGAAUCCGACGGUAUUGUUCCUCACUAUUCCGAGGGUGAAGCGGGUCCGAGUAUGCUUUCUGCGGGCGCACCCCCUCCUUUUGAAGAGCGUGACGCUCCCCCUCCUUUCUUCUUUGCGGAGGCCGGGGCCUCAACCUCGUCCAGAUUGCCCACUUUUUUGGAGUCUGAGAAUGAAAUCAUUCUUCCCGAUGACCAUGACAAUUCUACGACUCAGGUCCCUCUUGCACAGUUCGUUCCCGGUGAAGGAACUCUCUUCGGGUUUCAUGCUUCUCAGCAGUUUGACGGUCAUUCUGAAGAUAUGCGACGGUCAUUGACGCCCCCUCCCAGUCUAGAAAUGGCCAACAGGGACACUGAUCUGACGCCAUUAACAGAUCUCUCCGAGUCAACUCAUGCAGCAAUCGAGGCUCUUAAUUUAGUUUUGGAGCAAACAGAACAGGGAAGAGGCGAGGAAAGGGAGCAACUUCCCCCGCCUCCGCCCGCGAUGGAUGAUCCAUUAGACCCUCCUCCGUCAAUUGAUUCUGAUUUUAGGUCACCAGUUGUCGCUCGACACACGCCGCCAUCCCGUUCCUCGCCACCACCCUCACGUCCACCUUACCACCCCGCGGAACCUCCAAGAUUGCACACUCCUACGUCUGUAGCUCCAUCUGAAAGUGCUCAGUCAUCCGACGGACAUGCCCCGCCUCCGUAUCUAACACCACACCAUGAUCAGGAACACGUAGCGCGGCCACCCCCAUACGUCGACUGA